AACGCAACAUGGAUGUGGAGGCCGAAAAGCUGCAUACGGCGGAAAGACACAAGAAACGGAUGACCAGAUACGUGCUACUGGGAGCUGUUGUCUCUGUUUUACUGGUGAUGGGCGUUGUUCUCGUUGUUUACUUUGUGGCGACGACUGCAGAUGGUGACUCUGAAAUCACCAUCAUCAGCCGAGCUGAAUGGGGUGCGAGGCCACCGAGGUCACGUGCUAACGUGACGUCACCUGUCCCCUACGUCAUCAUCCACCACAGCUACGACUUUGGGUGCCUUAAUAAAUCCGACUGUGAGGAGCAUGUACGACUUAUACAGGACUUCCACAUGGACAGCCGGGGUUGGGACGACAUCGGCUACAACUUUCUGGUUGGCGGGGACGGAGACGUGUUCGAGGGGCGGGGAUGGGACGUCAGGGGGGCACAUGCGGGGCCUGACUGGAACGGACGGUCUAUCGGGAUUUGUUUCAUGGGAAAUUUUACUGACACGCUGCCUUCAGAGGAGGCUAUAACUGCAGGGAAAAUGCUGAUUCAACUUUCUGUUCAGAGGAACAAGUUGAUGGCUAACUACACGCUGUACGGCCAUCGCCAAGUUCUGGACGCCAGAACCUGCCCUGGGGAAGAGUUCUACAAUCUCAUCACUGAGUGGGAACACUGGAAACCAGGAAACUACACCACGACGUGAUCAUGCAGGC